AAAAAAAAAGUUUUAAAGAAAAACUAGGGCUCCUUCCCCUCCCCACCUCUCCGGCGACGAGCUGCGCCGGCGAUCAUCGGACGGCGAGCGACGGUGGCGGGCGAGGGCAAUGGGCGAUGUGCGGCCCACGUGCGGCGGGGAGUGGCCGGGUUUACCAAGAGGCGUAAAAUUUGAUCCAUCCGAUGAUGACCUACUGUGGCAUCUACUUGCGAAAGUUGGUAAUGGGAAGGCUUGUCCUCAUCCAUUUAUUGGUGACUUUAUUAAGUCCCUCGAUAAAGAGGAAGGAUUCGGUUAUAUGCAUCCUCAAAAGUUGCCAGGUAUUAAGCACGAUGGAAGCGCUUCUUACUACUUUCAUAGAACAAUGAAAUCACAUAAUACUGAUUGUCAAAAGCUUUUGAGGAUUCAUUGUGAGGAUGCUAUGGAUGUAAUGUGGUGUAAGAUUGGCAGGACUGAGCCAGUGAUUAUGGAUGGGAGUCACGAAGGCUUCAGGAAGGUAUUUGUUCUGUAUAUAAGCACAGCAAAGGGUGAGAAACCUGAAAAGACCAAUUGGAUGAUGCAUCAAUAUCACCUUGGAACUAUAGAAGAGGAUGAAGGGGAAUUCGUUGUUUCUAAAUUAUUCUAUUGUAGAAGAUCCACAAAAGGCGGUAAGCGUAAGGAUAGAUUGCGGCAGAAGACUAUUGAGAUGUUAGCUCAGGAGGUCUCUACGAGUCAUAGUGAUGUAACAGCUACAGGGCCUUUGGUAAUCUAUCAUGCUAAUGUGGUUUCUGAAGGAAACAUUCUUCAAGUUGCUCAAGAGGGCGGGAAGUCAAAGGACAAUGAUUGUGAUUAUGAACAAAAAAGUUCUCAUAACCAUGUUUUAAACAGUAUUCAGUUAGAUCAUGCUGGAGCAUUAAGAAGUGAACCUGCAACUGAUGAUCUAGAUUCUAUAAAUCUACUAGACCGGUAUAAUAUGCUGGUAUCAAGCAGAAAUUUAUGCUCUAAAAACCUCGAUGGUUGGAGUCGUUGUGAUAUAAUGGCUACAGGGCCCUCCGAAGUUGGUCAUGCUGAUGUGACUGCUGAACAAAACAUAUCUCAAGUUGCUCAAGAAUGUCACAAGUCAAUCAACAAUCCUUGUGAUUAUGAAGAAAUAAGUCCUCAGGGAGAAGGUUUAAAUUGCAUACCUGUAGAUCAUGCAAGAGAAUUGGCGAGUGAACCUGUAAUUAAUGAUCUCGAUCACAUAUCCCUACAACAGCGGUAUAAUAUGCUGGUAUCUAGCAGAACUUCUUGCUCUAAUGAUCUCGGCACUUCGAGAUGUGUUGAGGAUUGUGAUCUUCGUGCUCCGAAGGAUAGUCCUCUCGAAAUAUUGGAUGGUGAAGCUUGUGGAUCAAUUCCUAGAAGUGAGAGUUAUGGAAUGAACCAUAUGAAAGCAGAAAGUGGACAAGAUAUUUUUGAUUUAAUGCAGGAUAUUGUGUCUGGUCCUCCUAUUGUUGACAACAUUGGUGAGUGCUGCCUUGAAAACAUACAGGAUGUAGAUCACCUGCCAGAGAGAGAACUAUCGUCAAGAGAAUGGUUGUCUGAUUGCGUUAAUGAAAGCGAGGCUGCAAACUCUGCGAAAAAUUUGAUCCUUAGUUCUCCUAACAGUGUGAUCACUGGGAAUAAUUCUAUAGUUGAUCAAUUUUCCCCUAAUCCUGCAAACUGCCAAAACAAUACUUCAUCAAAAAACAGUCCUUUUCAACAUUUAUCUACUGAGGUUGUGAAUUUCAAAUUUGAUGAUGCAAGCAAAGGGUCUGAAAUUACCGAAAGCCAGGAAGAAGCGAGAAAUGAUGAAUGUCAAAAUCAGGCUUAUACUCCCAAUGCUAAGCCAUCGAGCUUAAGCCACAAAGUGUCUGUCCAGAAUGAAAAAGGUCAAAUUUCUGUUAGUGCAUUAGCAAUGUUUCCUGUUGAUGUAAAGUCUGAACCUCUUUCAGAAGGUGAAAACAUCGAUACUAUGAGAAAUGAGGGGAAUUGUCGGCUCUCUUUACUAAAUGGUCAUUCAUCAAAAUCGUUGGCUGGUUCUGAAGAUGUAUUCCUCAAUAUAAAUGCUUCAAAUGGAGAGAGAUCCAUAAUUCCCUCGGAUGACAGCCUUGCAAUUCCUACAGCAUUUGUUCCUGAGAUAGUAUCUACUGAUGCUAAUGAUAAAAUAUUAGAACUGAAAGUAAAGUCCGAACCUGUGGAAAGUGAAUUAUCUGAAAUCAGUAAGAAAAUUCCAAUAAACAUUUCAGAAUCAGAUUCAGCAGGAGCUGUCGUCAAGAGUGAAAACUCUGAUGAGGAUUUGACUGGCCAUAUACACUCAGUAGAUUUUCUUGACUCAGAGAAUGGGAAGAAUAUGAAUCACCAAUCAUUGCCAAAAGCUGCAAUUGAUUUGAAUGACACUGUGUACACGAAUGCUAGCCAUUCUUAUAGGAGGAAAAGAAAGAGGACUGCAACGGAUUCGUUAGAAACAGCACUUGAGGAAGAUGCUCCUGGGCUCCUGAAGGUUUUAAUUGAAAGAGGGAUAACAGUUGAGGAAAUUAAACUUUAUGGUGAUGCGGAAGAUGAUGAUCUUCUGGAGAUCUCUUCCUCUGAAAGUGACUUUGAAGAGCUUGAAACUGUUAUUACUAAGUUAUUUUCGGCCAGAGAAUCUCUAUUAAAGUUCUCUACAGCAAGGCACACGAAGGGAUCAAAAGCUGUUUACUGUUUAGCUUGUUUAAUUUCUCUAAUUGAACAGACUCGUUAUCUGCGAUUCCGUAACAGUCCAGUUGAAUGGGGAUGGUGCAGGGAUCUCCAGUCUUUUAUUUUCGUUUUUAAAAGUCAUAACAGGAUUGUUUUAGAGCGCCCUGAAUACGGUUAUGCCACAUAUUUCUUUGAGAUUGUGGAAUCUUUGCCAAUAGAUUGGCAGAUUAAGAGACUAGUGAUUGCAAUGAAGCUAACUAGCUGCAGUAGGACAACCCUUAUUGAGAACAAACCGCUGCUGGUCGGAGAAGAUUUGACGGAGGGGGAGGCUCGCGUACUGGAAGAAUACGGCUGGGUUCGCAACAGCGGGCUGGGGACGAUGCUCAACUACUGCGACCGGGUGGUGCACGAUAAGAGAAACGAACGGUACAGCUCGGAUUGGAGGGCCAAGAUUGGGCGGCUGCUAAUGAACGGCUACGAAGGCGGCCGGAUCGUACUAACCGAACUACCGAGUAAAGUCGUUAAUAAGUUCACGGUAGAUCAAAGUCCCGAGAUUAAGUUGGAGGAUCAGUUGUAGAUAUUAGGGCUUUUGCUUAGAAGACCGCCCCCAAUCCCAUUAGUAAACCCUAGAAGAAAAAAGGGAUAUUUGAAGGGAUUUUUUGAAAUCAAUAAGGGUAUUUUGGUCAUCCGGGGGGUAAAUAAGAUAUUUUUGAGGUUUUGAAGGGCAUAUUGGAUAUUAUGUCAUUCAGCUAUGUACAAAUUUAAGCAGAUAUUGUUGGCUAGAGUAGUGAAAGUGUUGUAUGU